GCAGGGCCAACUACAACACAAGAAGCCAUGUGGACACCUCCUCGUCCAGUGACGGUGGCCGACGUUCCGACCCAGGCCGACCUCUCCCCGGGUGGAAGGGGAGCGGGGGGAAGAGUGCCUGUCAGGGUGGAAUUUUCGGAAUGCGGGCUUACCCUUUUGGACAGAUUGCUGCUGAAGAAACAUCGCAGAAAUCCAAUUGAACUUCCUUCUCUGAUGGACCCGCAUAUAAAAUCGCUCCCACAAAGCCCAGAGAAAGAUCCCGAGGCCAAUCUGACAGCUGAAGACAAGGAAGUUCACACCUACCUCACUUCACUGUUUGCUGUCCCCACCACCGCUGAAAGAUCUGGGCUUGACAAUUCCACACCGGGAGCCAGCCUCACUAUAGAAGUCCUGGAUGAGGAAGACAGGGCUGUGGAUGUAGAGGCCAAAAGAAUGGUGAACAGAGUGUAA